AUGUUAUGGUACCAGUUUCCCCUCGACUCAGAACGUGGAAGUGAACGCUACGAAAAGACGCCUCAGAAAAGAGGCGCUGACAUCAACUAUGGAAUCGACGAUGCUCCACCGUGGUAUCUUAGUAUCUUUAUGGCUUUGCAGGCCGAAAAGCGCGCUCACCAUAAUGCUCUGGAGCGAAAAAGACGUGAUCAUAUAAAGGACAGUUUUACGUCCCUGCGUGACUCCGUUCCAUCGUUGCAAGGUGAAAAGGCAAGUCGCGCACAAAUACUGAAGAAAGCAGCAGAAUACAUUCAGUUUAUGAGACGCAAGAACAAUUCCCAUCAACAGGACAUAGACGAUUUGAAGAGGCAAAACACCUUGUUGGAAACUCAAAUUCGCCAGCUAGAGCAAGCGCGUGCAACCGGGAAUUUUGGCGAUGGCAGCGACCUCGGACUAGGCAUGAACGAUAGCUCACGCGAAUCGGACAGUUCGGACGUUGACGACGGUGCCAGCAAUCAUGGCAUGGGCGGAAUACACCGGAACAAGAAGCUGAAGACAAACAUGAACUACUGAACCAACCAAACGAUUGUUGGUUGGUGGUAAGAUUCUAUACCUUAGAUUUAGUCACUUUUACAGAGCAAGUUGAGUAGAAUAUGGUGAGAUAAAUGAUGGCACACAGAGAUCAAUGUAUGGCCAUUUUUUCGCUGCUGAACAUAAUGAACAGCUUUAAACACAUUACUAUAACUAGUUUGGAGAAUUUAUCUUCCUGCGUAAUUGCAUCUACUUUUUAUAAAUAAUUUGUAAAUGAAGGAACUGGUGAUCCAAACUGAUUGCAAGAUUAAGGUGUACAAAAAUUUUCAAUUUUAUAAGUUUUAUGUAACUUUGUGUUCCCAUUUUUUUCUGUAAUUCCGUAUUUGGCAUCCAUUUAAUAUGUUCCAAACGAAUAUAAAAAUACAAGCGAGUUUGAGACGGAACGAACAGGAUAUGUUAUUUCUGAUAAAGAACAGUGUUAGCGGAUUUGAAAUAUUAGCUUUAUGUGUUUUUAAACAUACCUUUAAAUAAUCCCA